AAAUGCAAGAUGUUAUAGAUUUCUCAUUGCAUCGCAUUAAUUAUGUUUGAGUAGUCUGAUUGUGUAAAUAUUUUUAUUUGGCUUAUAUAUAGACACACAUAUAUCAUUUGGCCAAUUAAACUAUAUGAACUACCACUAUUUUUAUUAAUUAUAUUCCUAAAAUGAGUGAGAAAAAAUCAUCACCGAUUGUGAAUACUGAAGAAAUAGAAUGAAUUAUGGAGCAACUUCCCAAAACUAAUAAUUUGUUGAAUAACUUUCAACUUUAUCAGUGGGAAGGAUUUUGGUCCACUCUUAUCAUUUUAAAGGCAGCCAUGGUCUUCAAGGCAACCUUCAAAUCAGAACCUAAUGAUGUUCUCUUGGCAUCUUCCAUGAAAACAGGUUCAACAUGGCUCAAGGCCAUAUGUGUAUCCAUCAUGCAAGGUAAUAAAGAGGAAGAAGAAGACCUUUUAGUUAAGGAUAAUCCUCAUUUUUAUGUUCCAACAAUAGAGGCCAUGGAUUAUUAUUUAAAAACUCCAACUCAUGAUCUAUACACAAUGCCCUCUCUAAAAUUAUUUCACACACAUUUACCUUAUAGGGUUUUGCCUGAUUCAAUCAAAAAUUCAAAUAAUUGCAAGAUUAUAUACAUAACAAGAAAUCCUAAAGAUACCUUAAUUUCUAUGUGGCAUCACCUCAAUAAUUGUAAGCGUUUAGAAGAUCUCUCUCCUUUAGAAGAGGUUGUGGAGAACUUUUGCAAUGGGGUUCAUCAUUAUGGACCAUUUUUCGAACAUAUUCUUGAAUAUUGGGAAGAAAGUAAAAAAAAGCCUCAAAAAAUAUUAUUCUUGAAGUAUGAAGACUUGAAGAUAGACCCUAAGAAAGAGGUGGCAAAAAUAGCCUUGUUUCUUGAAAAGCCUUUUGGUAAUGAAGAGGAUUUGGAGAUAGUUUUGAACAAGUGUAGCUUGGAGAGGCUUAAGAAUUUGGAGGUUAAUAAGAGUGGAUCAACCAUCUCUUAUGUCCACAAUAGUGCAUUUUUCAGAAAAGGAGUUGUUGGGGAUCGGAAGAAUCACAUGACACCUGAAAUGGAAGAGCAACUUGACAAGAUUACCAAGUUGAAGCUUCAAGGGAAGGACUUGAACUUUGAUAUUUAUAAACAAGAAGUAUUGAAAACACAUUUGAACUACUUGACGUGAAUUAUUAGUAUCAUUCUUGAAUUAUUGACGGUCUUAAAAACAUUCAUCUAUUUGGCUAACUCAACUUAAGUACACCCUGAUCUGCCACAUAGCAUAACAAGUGGUCUCAAACUCUUGUACGAGCGUGAGACUCUUAAUAAAAAGCCGAGAGAAAUGUUGAAAACACCCC